CCCAUGUGACUCAGUCACACUGCAGAGAGAAAAAAACGCUCCUCCCCCUGAAAACUUUCUCCGAUGCCUCUGUGUUAACUGCAGCUGUCACAAUACAGUAUGCAAGUGGCAGCUCCUUACAUGAUUUGUUUCAGAAAAAUCAGCACCUCUGGCACUGCUUCAAGGCGAGAGAGAAAUUGGAAGGAUAUUAGAAAUGUUAUUAGGAUUACAGGAUCAUUAUUUCUAGGGGGAUGUGUUUUUAUCACAUAUGAAAUUCUAUCUUUGAAGAAGUCUCUGUCGCUUAACACUCAAGCAGCGGAGCAGGAAAAAUUGAAAACCUAUAUUUAUGUAGAUACGACUUCAGUAGAGCAGAGCGAUUUCCAUGGUAUUUCAAAUAAGGUACAACGAGAGCUUCAUAGAACAGCAAGGAAAGCUUUUGAAACAUCAGCUAGACUCUUCAGAAGAUCUCAUGACAAAGAGCAUUACAACUUAUCAAGUGUGGAAGAUCAUGAAUGGUUCCAAUGGAUUCUAAUGAAGAAUGCACAGUCACAGGAUAAAACAGUCCGUUUAAAAGCAGUUGAAGAAAUGGCUGGAAUACAUCACUGGCAUAACUACCAGUACAGGACCGUGGCACAAGCAUGUGAUAAACAAACCACCAUUGGUUUAGCCCGCAGCAAAAACACAGAUCUUCGAUUUUUCCUUCCACCUCCCACACUGCCAAAAGUUAAUGAUAAUUAUUCAAUAGAAAAUGGACUCCGUCAGCUGCUUUCUUCUCUACCUCAAACAGAAUUAGAUCGGUGUGUAAAAUACUUAACAUCACUUGCCCUAAGAGAGAGCAGCCAGUCAGUUGUAGAUCAAAGGAGAGGGUUGUGGUGCUUUGGAGGGAAUGGACUUCCUUAUGCUGAAAGUCUCAGCUCUGUGCCAUCGGAGAAAGUAGAGCUGUCGAGUUUACAAGCUUUGUUGAAGCAUUCUAAGAUCCCUUCUCACUGUGAGAAAAUAGUGUCAGGUGGAGGACUUCAACUUUUGCAAAGAAUAUAUUUGCUUCGAAAAGAUGCACAGAAAAUACAAAGGACUAUAAUGCGUAUCAUUGGCAACCUGGCUUUGCACGAAAAUCUACAUUCAGAAAUUGUUGACUCAGGCUGGAUUUCCAUACUGGCUGAAGCAAUGAAGUCACCUUAUGUUAUUCAGUCAUCUCACGCAGCAAGGGUCCUUGCCAACCUGGACAGGGACACUGUAAAUGAAAAAUACCACGAUGGAAUAUAUGUCCUGCACCCCCAACAUCGCAAUAGCCAGCCCAUUAGGGCUGAUGUUCUUUUUAUUCAUGGCCUCCUGGGUGCAGCCUUCAAAACAUGGCGACAGCAAGACAGAGAUGAACCAUUGGAUGAAAGUGCUGCCCAAGAAGAUGACUAUACAGAAUGCUGGCCAAAGUCCUGGCUGGCAGCAGAUUCUCCUGACUUAAGAAUACUGUCUGUUGAAUAUGACACACAGCUCAGUGACUGGAAAUCCAGAUGCCCUGCAGACAAUAACCGAAAAUCAUUGGAUUAUAGAAGCAUAACUCUUCUUAAAAAGCUUAAGGAUGCUGGUGUUGGCAAACGGCCUAUAAUAUGGGUUUCACAUAGUAUGGGAGGUUUGUUGGUAAAAAAGAUGCUUCUGAAGGCUUCACAGGAUGAAGACAUGAAGGAUCUGGUCAAUAACACAAGAGGGGUGGCAUUCUUCAGCGUUCCUCACCAUGGAUCUCGGCUGGCUGAGUACUCUAUCAAUGCUAGACUGUUUCUUUUUCCAUCUAUAGAGGUCAAGGAACUUAGUAAGGAUUCUCCUGAACUUAAAAAGCUAAAUGAUGAAUUCCUCCAAUUUUCCGAAAACAAGGAUUUUAAAGUCAUAAGUUUUGCAGAAUUGUCACCAACGCAGGUGGGCCAUAUGAUGAAACUACACAUUGUGCCAGUAGAAUCAGCAGAUUUGGGCAUCGGUACACUGAUUCCUGUGGGUGUAAACCAUCUCAACAUCUGCAAACCGAAAAGCAAAGAUUCCUUUAUUUACCAGUGUACUUUUCAGUUUAUCCAUGAUGCACUGGAAGCCAACACAGAAAAGCAAUGACCACUUUAUAGUUUCACUUGUGCUUUAUAGUAAAUAAUCUUCACUUGCACUUGAACCUCUCCAAUCUGCUAUAGUGAUGCAUACCAUAUUUGAUUAUGUAAAAUUAUGGUAUAUGAUGCAACUGUAAAUAGAAAUGUCACAAACGAAAAUAAACCUGAAAAAUA